AUGGCCAGAAUUGAAAUGCCCGGCUUGAUGGAGCUACGCCAGCUUUAUGGGCCAAAGAAGCCGUUAAAUGGCGCUCGGAUCACUGGGUGCUUGCAUAUGACCAUUCAGACAGCAGUGCUAAUAGAGACGUUGUUGGAGCUUGGUGCCCAAGUGACUUGGUCCUCUUGCAACAUAUUUUCCACUCAAGACCAUGCUGCCGCUGCCGUUGCGUCCAUCGGAAUCCCCAUAUUCGCUUGGAAGGGCGAAACAGAGGAAGAGUAUUUGUGGUGCAUUGAGAAAUCGCUGUAUGCCUUUUCAGAAAUCCCAAAUCAACAAAGCCCAAAUCUUCUGCUUGACGAUGGGGGCGAUCUGACCAAAAUCGUUCACACCAAACAUCCACAUCUUCUGCCUCAAAUUAAGGGCGUCUCGGAGGAGACAACGACAGGCGUCAAAAUGCUUUUCCGUCUUUUUAAUGAAGGAUCGCUUGGCAUUCCCGCUAUCAGUGUCAACGAUUCGGUCACAAAAUCUAAAUUUGAUAAUCUUUACGGGUGCAGAGAAUCUCUUGUCGACGGAAUCAAACGCGCAACAGGGUCGAUGAUCGCUGGAAAGACAGUGUCCUUGGCCGGAUACGGGGAUGUCGGCAAAGGCUGUGCUGCCGCCUUAUCCAGUCUUGGUGCGAGGGUCAUCAUUAGCGAAAUUGACCCCAUCACGGCUCUACAGGCUUCCAUGGAGGGAUUUGAGGUGCGUCCCAUUGAGGAAGUUGCCGAAAAGGCCCACAUUUUCAUUACAGCCACCGGAUGCUGCGACAUCAUCACUGCAGAAGUCAUUUUAAAGAUGCAGGAUGACGCCAUCAUUUGCAACAUUGGCCACUUUGACAAUGAAAUUGAUGUUGCUUGGCUCAGAGAAAAUGCGGUCUCCACCACUGAAGUCAAGCCUCAUGUUGAGCGCCUUUUGCUUUCAAAUGAUCGACAUGUGAUUUUGCUGGCUUCUGGUCGCUUGGUAAAUUUGGGAUGUGCAGCUGGGCAUCCGUCUUUUGUGAUGAGCCUGUCCUUUACCAAUCAGGUGAUGGCCCAAAUUGCAUUGUGGACGGCCGACAAAGAUAAAUUCCCGAUUGGAGUACACAUGCUGCCUAGAAAGCUCGAUGAACAGGUUGCAUGUGCCCAUUUGUCCAGGCUUGGUGCUAAGCUUACAAAAUUGACUGAAAAGCAGGCGAAAUACAUUGAUGUCGACAGCUGUGGCCCCUUUAAAACGGAGAGCUACAGAUAUUAA